AUGUCAUAAGAGAAGCUAUUGUAACACAUUGAAGAUGAGCCUCAAUCAUAUGCUUAACAAUAUCAAAAAUAAAAGUAAUAGAGUCCUCCACCAUCAGAAGAAUAAUUCGAAUCCAAAGAUCCAUAAAAGGAAGAAUUAUUGAAAAAGAUUGAAAUUUUGGAAACAAGAUUAAAAAACACAAUCGAUGACAAACCCUACAGUGAAUUAAUAAGAAUCUUAAUCUGGGAAGCUUUAGGAACAGCAUUUUUUGCAUAUGGAAUUGUAUGCUCAAGAGGAAAUGAUGUAAUGCUAAGUGUUUAUCUAUUUGGUGCAAUAUUUUUGAUUGGUAAAAUCACAGGGGGACAUGUAAAUCCAGCUGUCUCAAUGUCCUUCUAUAGUUCUAAUGAAAUCAGCGCUUUCACAAUGAGAGUCUAUUGGGCAGCUUAAGUAGGUGGAGCAAUAGCUGGAGCUUUGGCAGCAUUUGUUAUUGUUGGCAGAGUUACAUCACCAUACAUAGCAACCUAACCCAUAGAAUGGAUGAUAGCCGACUUUUGUGGAGAAGCUCUUGGAACUUUCAUCUUUUGCUUAUUUAUACACAUCUAGGUUCAUCCAUAAACUUAAUUGACAGAUAAUAAUCUAAUUGGUAUAGGAAUAAUUGCCACUGCUUUAUACUUUGGAAGAAUUCUGACAUAUCACACUGGAGGGUGUUUAAAUCCAGCUAUGGGUGUAGGUUUGGGAAUCUUUGAGUCUUUAUAAGAUGGCAAUUGGGAUAGAUUAAUUAACAUAUGGAUUUACAUUUUCGGACCUUUUUCUGGAGCUUCCUUGGCUUCCGAAUUUUAUAGAAGUGUAUAUGUAGGGUUGUUGCCUAAGAAAUAAUGAUAUAUCAUCAAUAUACAAUUCAUAACUAAAUAAUUGCAAUUUUA